AUGGACUACUCGCCCUCCUCUCCCUCUCCCAGCGAUGACAAGCGUCUGGUCAACACAUAUGACUAUACCAUCGACCCGACCGACGCCCACAUCGCCCAGUUCGUCGACACCACCCCCGCCACCAGGCGCCAAGUGGCUCGUUUUCAGAUCCACAACAACGAGACCACCACGGGCGUCGUGGGCCUAUACGCGGCCAAGGGCGUCAAGGCUACCAGCACCGACUUGCGGUACCAGAAGAACCUCCUCUACCUGCGCAACAGUUGGCCCCAAGGCGUGUGGUAUCCCCAAGGCUACCUCUCCAACGCCGAGACCCCCAACCGCGACCUGGUUUCCGGCAUGAACAACUCCCAAGAGAGCCAGGGCUGGCUGAUACGGGCCAUCAACGCAUCGAAAGGCCAGGUGUUUGGCGCCAAGAUCCCGAGCCAGGCCCUCAAGCUGCUCCGAGCCCACCAUCAAGAAGGCAAGGAGAAGAAGCCCAAGCCCGAGCCCAAGCCGUCCGACGACAGCGACACCGAGCUCGCCCGCGCCGACGCCAAGGCCGAGCCUGACGCCGCCCCGCCUGCCCUCUCUAUAGAGAGAGACUUGUCUCCCGUCGCCGUCAAGGAAGCGCCACGCUCGCCUGCGCCCGCACCACCCCCCCUGUCCAUGGAGGGAUACCCCGGCUUCUCCCCCGUCCAUCUGGGAGACGCGGCGCCACCAAAGCCGCAGAUCUCGCACUCGCCCCCACCGCAGGUGGACGACGGCAACGAGUCAGAAUGCUCCGUCGACGGCGUCAUUUCCCACAUGCUGUCCCGACCGGGAAUGCCGGUGGCCCCAACGACAAGCAAGCACCGCGCCAUUGUCGCCGAGGCCGAGGCGCGCCAACGCAACAAGAACGCGCAAAAGGCGAAGCGUAAGGCGAGGGCGGCGGCCCGCAAGGAGGCGGCUGCGGCCGUGGACAAGGACAAGGUGGCGAGCAUAUACGCCGUGGAAGCGGCCAGGUCGGCGCGCAAGGUGGGGAGGGAGCGGCUCGCGGGGCUUUUGUCCGUGGCCAAGAGGAACGAGAUCGAGAAGGACAUGGCCAUCACGGUCAAGAAGAGGGUCAAGAAGAUUCUGUGA